GCAAAUAUCCCCGAUGACUUCAAAUACUCAACCAAUGUUGCUGCUUGUGAGCCCUCAAUUCGAUCAAUCUUUAUUAGAAAAGUCUACACUCUUCUAGUAGUCCAAUUGUUCAUCACCUUCACUAUCGCUUCUUCAAUCAAACUAUCCUCAUCAAUCAAUCAAUGGUGUCUUAAUCACAUCUGGCUAAUGAUUGUAGCAACAAUUGGCACUUUUGUUUUCCUUUUAAUCUCCUUUUUAUCUUCAAGAAAAUACCCCUACAACUUAUUUUCCUUAUUUGCCUUUACUCUUUGCGAAAGCUACUGUGUUGGCAUAAUCACUUCCCUAUAUGAUACAAACAUAAUCCUACAAGCAAUUGUUCUAACUAUUACAAUCUUUAUCGGUUUAACUCUCUUUGCUUUCCAAUCAAAAUACGACUUCACUUCUUGGUUAGGCUUUAUUAACAUUCUCUUUUUUGGCUUGAUUGGUUUCAGCUUGGUCUUAAUCUUUGUUCCUUAUAACUCAAAAUUGGAAUUAAUUUACUCCUCAAUAAGCGCUCUAAUUUUCUCCGUUUAUAUCUUAAUCGAUACUCAACUCAUAAUGAGAUCUUUCCAUCCAGAAGACGAAAUCGCUGCUACUAUCACUCUAUACCUUGAUAUCAUUAACCUUUUCUUAAAUCUUCUACGUAUUUUAUCC